UUGGCUUUCCAUUUCCAGGGUUUGUUGAGAGGAGAAGGGUAGAGACGAGAAUCUGACGGAACAAGAAAACUAGAAUUUUUUAAAGUCUGUGCAUGGUUGAUGGUUCGAUUCGAUCACGACAAGGACAGCUAAGGAAUCGGCGAAUCUCUUGCAGGAGAGGAAUCGUCUUUGUUCGUCUCUGCGUGGAUUUUCAGGUUCAGUCAUGGUAGAUCUUGUGCAAUCCAGUGAAGAAUAUGUGCUUUUCUUCGGUUCGGUCUGUCUCUGAGUAAUCAUCAUAGUUCAGUUUCUCUUAUAAAUUCUAAGGUCCAAUCGCUGAUCAUGUUGUGCUCUUGGUUUGGUUGGAAGGACUGUAGAGAUUUUUGUGGCUUUUAGUUUUGAUUCCUUGAGGUUUUUUGAGCUACAGAAGAUAUCAACCUUGUUUGGUGUUGGUUGCCAGAAAUUGAAGGGAAAAGGACUAGGGAGUUUCGAGUGAAAGAGGGAAUUGAGUUAAGAAUGAAGAUGCGGAAGUUACUUUUUCCUGUAUGAUGGUUUCAGAAUUUUGACCCACCAGAUAUACGUUUGGGUGGCAGACACUAAAGCAAUUUGUGCUUCGUAAACGAGGUGUUUUCAAUUUGGUUCACCUGUGGAUUCCAUCGGAGGCAUGCAUAUUGAAGAAUUGAAGAAAGUGGACCUGGAAAGUGGAGAAGAAGAGACGGUGUCUAAUGUUUUCUGUAACGAGAUUGCUGUAUCAAGUGCAAAAAGAGCUUUAAUUGGAACAGGAGCUCGUGUUCUCUUCUACCCAACUCUUCUGUAUAAUGUUGUCCGGAAUAAGAUUCAGGCCGAGUUUCGAUGGUGGGAUGGAGUCGACGAGUUUAUAUUGUUAGGUGCUGUUCCAUUUCCAACUGAUGUUCCACGCUUGAAACAACUUGGAGUUCAUGGAGUCAUCACACUAAAUGAGCCAUAUGAGACUUUGGUUCCCACAUCAUUAUAUCAUGAUUAUGGCAUUGAGCAUUUGGUGAUUCCUACAAGGGAUUACCUUUUUGCUCCAUCAUUUGGAGAUAUAUGCCAAGCUGUAGACUUCAUACAUAAGAAUGCAUCUUGUGGGAAAACAACAUACGUUCACUGUAAAGCUGGUCGUGGACGCAGUACAACUAUUGUCCUCUGUUACUUGGUGGAACACAAACAGAUGACUCCUGAUGCUGCAUACGAGUAUGUGAGAUCAAUUAGGCGAAGGGUGCUUUUAGCAUCCUCCCAGUGGCAGGCUGUCCAGGAGUAUUACCGACGCAAGGUGAAGAGGGUUGGAAGAUCCGGCUUCUGGGUGAAGGUGCCAAUUGUGAAAACCCCAGGUUCCACAAACACCGGAGACGUUGUGACAUUUGACGAUGGGUCAGUUGUGAUGAUCACGGAAUCAGAUGUGGAAGGCUAUGAAGAAAAUCGCGAGUCAAAUGUAAUGGGCAACGGCAACGAGAUAUGGGCACAGCUGAGCCUGGCGUACAGGGUUCAAUUUGCUAGUCAGGCAGCUUGGACGAGGCUUUCGUGUCUAUGGCUGCGCUGCCAUGCGCGGCAGAAGGUCUCAGCAGAGAAGCUCGGCAGGGAGAGCAGCUGCUCUGUGGGGGCUGAUAAGUUGGGAGGGCUUGUAGACAUUCAUGUCUAUUGAGAUUUCAAGUUGGUGAUGAAAGUGUACAGAGAUGCUAUGAAGUUGUUUUCGCCUGCUCUAUGCGUUUCCGACAAUGUAUGAGUAUCAACAACAGUGUAUGAGUUUCCAUAAUUAAUCUAAGAAAAAUGGAAUCUAAGUAA